GGCUGCUGCUGCUGCCCACUCUCAGUUGGGGUGCAGCUAUGGUAGCGAAGACAUCAGUGUGCAAUAACUUGGAUGAAGAAAACGUGCUGUGAUUGAAUGAGAUGUAGUAUUGUGUGGCAAACCGCCAGCCAGCUAUCACAUGAGAGUCAACGUAGUUAACCACACGACUUGAGCAAUGUCUAAGGCGAGCAGCAGUUUGAAAAAUGGGCUUGCUCCGAAAUACGCAGAAAAUGAGGAAGAAGAGGAGCGCGCGUGGGGAGUGGACGACACGGAUGAGAACAAGGAGAGAGGAAACUGGUCGGGAAAACUUGACUUCUUCCUUUCGUGCGUAGGCUAUGCUGUCGGAAUCGGGAACGUUUGGAGGUUUCCUUACCUGUGCUUUCGCAAUGGAGGAGGAGCAUUUCUGAUUCCGUACCUGCUGGCAUUGGUCAUAUGUGGCAUACCCCUCUUCUUCAUGGAAACAGCAAUGGGACAGUUUGCUAGCGCUGGUGCCAUUCAGAUCUGGAAAAUAGCGCCGAUUUUCACAGGCGUCGGCUACGGCACGGUAGCCGUAACAAGCAUCCUGUGCAUCUACUAUAACGUGAUCAUAGCGUGGACGCUUUACUACCUGGCGUCGUCCUUCGCGACCGAGGUGCCGUGGAAAGGCUGCCUCAACCCGUGGAACACAGCAGCGUGCGGCAAGCGCUCGCAGCUCGUCAACUCUACGCUCGACACACUACAGAACUACACGACGAACAUUACUCUGGUUAAAGCGAAAACCUCGACCGAAGAGUUCUGGGAGCGGAGAGUACUGGAGCUUUCCGACGGCAUAACGGAGCCGAAUGGAAUGCGCUGGCAGCUAGUCAUAGCGCUCAUCGUUGCAUGGCUUCUUGUUUUUGCCUGCGUCUGCAAGGGUGUCAAGUCCUCCGGCAAGGUCGUCUACUUCACUGCAACGUUUCCCUACGUGAUUCUCUUCGUGCUGCUAGUAAGAGGAGCGACAUUACCCGGUGCGAAACUAGGCAUCUAUUUUUACCUGAAGCCUGAUUGGAACCAACUAAAGACAUUUAAGGUGUGGGGAGAAGCAUGCAUUCAGAUCUUCUACUCAUUAGGACCGGGAUGGGGUGGUCUCAUAACGAUGGCUUCCUACAAUCGAUUUCGCAACAACUGCUUAAGGGAUGCGUUACUUGUACCGAUCAUCAACAGUGGAACGAGCAUAUUCGCUGGAUUUGCUGUUUUCUCGGUUAUCGGUUUCAUGGCUACCGAGGCCGGUGUCCCCGUCAAGGAUGUUGUCACGUCAGGUCCAGGUCUGGCGUUUGUAGUUUACCCUGAAGCCAUAUCGCAGAUGCCGGUUUCGCCCCUUUGGGCCAUCCUCUUCUUUUUCAUGCUGCUUACACUGGGAAUGGAUAGUCAGUUCGUGAUGUUGGAGACGGUGGUAACGGCUAUCUGGGAUGAACUUUCACACGUUACGAGGAAGUAUAAAAACUCGAAGCUCUACAUCACUGCCGCCUGCUCUAUCGUUAUGUUCAUCCUUGGGCUGCCAAUGAUGACCAGGGGAGGUGCCUAUGUGUUUAUAUUGCUGGACUGGUAUGCAGCUGGCUACUCCGUGAUGGUGAUCUCACUAUGUGAAGUGAUCGUCAUUGGAUGGAUAUUUGGACCAUUCAGGUUACUAAAAGACAUAAAAAUGAUGCUGAACUUUGAGGUUCCAUGCAAGUGGCUUUGGUGGGUUCUAUGGGCUGUGUUUGUUCCAGCAAUUUUAGUGUUCAUACUCAUCAUAACUGGCUUGUACCAGACGAACGUAGAGUACGCUGGUUACAAAUACCCGCGAUGGUCUAUCAUCGUUGGCUGGAUGGUGGGAAUGCUAUCCAUCAUUCCUAUACCCCUGUACGCCGUCUACUAUCUGCUCUCACGACCUGGAACGUUCUUCCAGCGGUUGUUACGGGGAGUGCGGCCGACUGAGUGGAUGCCAGCCGUGGAACCAUUCCGUACGGAGUACCAGAUCAUGCACGAAACGACGCAGAACGGUCACCUCGUGGGUGGCGUUGUCACGAGCGGCGUGAAACAGCAGAGCAUGUACGACAACCCCGUAGCGAACUACACGGCAACGUCGCUGCCGCCGAUGUACGAGACCAACAUGUGAAGCACAAGUUGCGUACCUGCAAGCGAUCGCAUCACAGUUUCAGCAAUUUGCGUGCGGCAGCGAGGAAUACGGUUUGCAAUAGUCUAGGAUCAACGAGUGUCCACAAUGCGGUGCCAUAACAUCAGGUGUGAAUACUAGAGAUAUCUCUAUUAUUCACUCCUGAUAACAUGCAUGGCAUCAUGAGCAUAUAGUAAUCUCACCCUUUUUCCUAGGAUGGUAUUGGAUCCAGUUUUAUAGGAACUGUACACAAGUUCUCUCUAAUAGUGUGAUGAUGAGUACCGGUAUUGUGUUUAAGUACGAGCUAAUGAUCAUUGUAGAGAUGAUUGUUAAUUCACCUCGUCGUGUCUAUUAUUCGAAUCUCAUUAGAACGUUUUCAGGGCUGUUCACGGUAGCUGUGUUUGGGGGUUAUCAUGGUUGUCUCCCAAGUUCUAGGUAGUACGGUUGUCAGCAUGGAGAUAGGUCAGGUCCUGUUCAUAUGGGGAUUAACGAUUCUGUAUAGCUACCUCAAAAUUCAGUUUUUGUUAUAUUUUUUUCUGUUUUUAAUUAUGUACCUUCUUCCGGUGGAGUUGACGUGCUGUAUCAAAUUUAUAUAUUAGUUGUGCUGGAAUAAAAGACAUGAGAUUUUACAUUGUGGUCGUGCCAAGAAUAGUAGACACACUACAGUAAACCCUCUCCAACUCGAGCAUGAAUUUCCAGUAUCAUCAGUUUGCUAUUUGUGUAAAGAUUCACUAACUUCGGAUAAUCCAACAUCGGCACAUUCUAGGAAUGCAACCCUUGCAGUUGGAGAGGAAUUACUGUACAGUAGGAGGAAUAUAUCAAGUACGUAAUAUUAGAUAUAUAUUCUUACUCGGAUAUUACCAGGGGGAAAUGAGCCAUCGAUGACUCUGUUUAUGCUACAACCUUUUGAAAAAUAUGGCUCGGAUAUAUGGAUUAUGGUAUUUUGUAUAUUAAAUAUAUUUAUGGCACUUGUAAGAUAGAGAUAACUAAUCCCGAAAAUCAGAAGCAAUAUCUCAAUGUGAUGAGAUACACACUGUGGUUAGAUUGUAUGUGGUAGAUGAAACGGGCCAUGGGACCAAAUGUAGAUGCAAUGCAAGGGCGCAGAUCACGUACAGUGUAGCCUCGUUAUAACGCGAUAUAAAUUAAAUGACAAGAAUCUCAAUGAUUGUUGGCAAACAUCAACUCGGAAUAUAUGAUAGCUAAGUGUGACAAACUACACGGUAAAAUUCUUACUGGGUGUAUUCACACCUCCAACUACUGCUUGAAUACUCAUACGUUGCAAUUAACCUCUAAUAUAUUGAAAUAACAUAUUCAUAUCAGGUUAUUGUGGUUUUGCUGCAGUGGAAGAUAGCGGUUACAUGGUACCAUAUAUAUAUAUCACUACUAGUUGCUCAAUUUAUCACUCCUGGGUGUUCAUAGCUAUUAAAAAUAAUGUUAGCUCUAGUAAGUUUAGCAUUCAUUGCGCUAAACGCAAAGAGACCUAUAGCAACUAGAGAUGGUAUAGAUAACUUUUACGUAGUAUGUACAUAGUAGUACGCUACUAUGUAGUAUAUUUCCAGCUAGUACGUGAUAUACUCAUCCAAUAUGUGGUACAUAUUUAACUAUGUAUGCGAUGUUAUGAACUAAUGUGUAUUUAAUCUUCUAUAUACAUACAUUCUAGGUCCAUACGUUUACAUGGCUGGAACCUGAUGGCUGUCCAACGUUACGUUAUACAUUACGCCAGUUACGUAUAUUACAUGCGUAUAGCUAGUAGGUGCUAUACUAAGCUAGUCUAUGGUGACGUUAUAACACAGCUGUGCAACUGCACAAUAAUUAAAAUCUAUUGGUUAUUAACUAUUUUUUAAUCAAAAUGCAAGCAGCAUAUGCUGUACGUUGAAAGUCGUACAGUGUGUGCUAUUACAGUAAAUAUGUAUCCUGAUCAGAAAACGCAAUGUUGUGCAAACAAUAUAGCGUGUAUUUAACUAUUCACAUUAAAAUUGUAACAAAGUAUUGCCACAGGUCAUGUCAGCUAUUUAUCUAGUUAUAGAUAGUGGAUACUCUUGUAACCUUACGCACAACAGUUAGGCUUGCUGUACUUGUAGGUACACAAAAGCGUAGAAAUUAAUCUAUUGAAAGGUGUACAGUUGAUAUGGUAGUUACAGGAGUAGAGGAAUAGAGAUAUUUAUAAAGGUCUCUAUUCAUUUUGUAGGUUGGUAACGGUAAAAUACUGGCUAUCCAGUGCUAUUAUGGUUGUAUACAAUUACGGUGUAUGGUGUUAGUUAAUAUAGUUGUUAAUAUAUUAGUUAAUAUGAGUUUGUGGUAAAUAUGUGGAAAUGUUUUUUUUAUAUACAUCACGUAAUAAUAUAUUAGUUUCAUCACUUCGUCAGUUUUGCCUGUGUAGGUUGUGUUUGUGUGUGUGCAUGCUAUGUUAUAGUGCUUAUUUGCACCAUGAUUACAAAGUACAUUUGUUCUACAUGUUACAAAGUAGAUUCAUUCACCCAGGUAUUCUAACUAUUUUGCUUCUAAAGGUUGUCAACAUCUUCGUUUAUAGUCUGUCAGUCGAACAGUGGCUGCCACAAGGUAUAGUGAGCUAGCUAGGCGUAUGGCCGAAUUUCGGGUCAAACCCAAAACGCAUCUUGGGUGUUAAAACAUAUGUCACACCACUGUCAUGAGCUAUCUGCUAUAGUUAUCAGUACCAAUUACUGGUAGGUGGCAUUAAAAAUCACUAUAUAGAAUUGUUAAUAGCCUAUCUUGAUGGUCGCUGACGUUACAUAUCAAUCGUUGUUAAGGAAUAAUAUCUUCGUGCAUGGAAAUUAUGAUGAAUUUAUAAUAAUAAUUGUCUAAAAAUCAAAAAAAGGAAAUCCUGGAUAUUGGGCGCUCGAACUGUCGAGUUUCAUGAUGUAAAAUCUAUUGUCCUGUGUUUAUGUAUGGAUUGAAAAAUUGUGGUGUUGAAUUAGGUGUCAAUGUCAAUGAAUGCAUCAUGAUUAUUGUUAUUAGUUACUGUUUUGCAACUAACUUAACCAAUGCGAAGGCUGUAUUCGCUCUCCCACUCAUUAAUGAUUAAAUGGUUGGCAUUUCCAACAUGAGAUUUUCAAAA